GCUGAGUGACAGCUGUCGGAGGAGGCGAAUCCUCUAGUCGGCAGAUCGGAGUGAGAGCUGGAGGAGGAUAGACUUGGGGACGUCGGCGUUUCUGUCCGUAGGAGUUAGCAAAAAUGUUUUAUCCCCUUCCGAGCGGGCGGAAAAUGUCUCCGGAGUCUCUCUAAACAAGCUUAAAGACAUGGCAGCUUUUGAACUUUACUCCAAGAAUGCCCAUGUUUGGCUCCCAGAUGCAGCAGAAGUGUGGAAAUCUGCUGAACUUCUCAAAGACUACACUCCUGGUGACCUGACUCUGUCUCUCCAACUGGAGGAUGGCACGAUUGUGGAGCACAACGUUGACCCCAAAACCAAAAACCUGCCCCCUCUCAGAAAUCCCAACAUUCUGGUGGGAGAAAAUGACCUCACAACUCUCAGUUACCUCCAUGAGCCAGCAGUGCUACACAACCUUAAAGUGCGCUUUAUCGACUCCAAGCUGAUUUACACCUACUGUGGAAUCGUCCUGGUUGCCAUCAAUCCCUAUGAGAGUCUGCCCAUCUAUGAAGUUGACAUCAUCAACGCCUACAGUGGGCAAAACAUGGGAGACAUGGACCCUCAUAUCUUUGCAGUAGCUGAGGAAGCAUACAAACAAAUGUCCAGAGAUCAAAGAAAUCAGUCCAUAAUAGUCAGCGGUGAAUCUGGUGCAGGCAAAACAGUUUCUGCUAAAUACGCCAUGCGUUACUUCGCCACAGUCAGCAGCUCGUCGGAGGAGACCAGCAUCGAGGAGAGAGUUCUCGCUUCUAAUCCAAUCAUGGAGGCCUUUGGGAAUGCCAAGACAACAAGAAAUGACAACAGCAGCCGCUUUGGGAAGUACAUUGAGAUCGGUUUUAACAAGGAUCUCUGCAUAGUCGGGGCCAACAUGAGAACCUACUUACUGGAAAAGUCCAGAGUCGUGUUCCAGGCUCACGGAGAAAGAAACUACCAUAUAUUUUACCAGCUAUGUGCCUCUUCACACCUGUCAGAGUUUAAGACCUUCAAAUUAGGCUGUGCAGAAGACUUCUGCUACACUAAACAGGGUCAGAGUCCCGUCAUCGAUGGAGUCGAUGACGCCAAAGAGAUGUGCAACACAUGGAGGGCGUUCUCACUAUUAGGAAUUGGUGAAAGUGAUCAAGUGGAAAUUUACCAGAUUCUUUCAGCUAUUCUCCAUCUCGGCAACGUGGAUGUAAAAGAUCAGUCAUCUGACAGAUGCAGCAUCCUGCCAGAUAAUGCCCACCUGGGGGUCUUCUGUGAGCUCAUGGGAGUUCCUUGUGAAGAAAUGGCCCACUGGUUGUGCCACAGGAAAAUCCAGACGAUCUCGGAAAUCUUUGUGAAGUCUGUUUCCAAAGAGAAUGCGGUGCAUGGGAGGGAUGCACUGGCCAAACACAUUUAUGCCAGACUCUUCGGCUGGAUCGUGAACAAUAUUAACAAUACGCUGGCAUCUACAGUGAAGCAACACUCAUUUAUCGGUGUGCUCGACAUUUACGGAUUUGAGACAUUCGACGUCAACAGCUUUGAGCAGUUUUGCAUCAACUAUGCCAAUGAAAAGCUUCAGCAGCAGUUCAACCUGCAUGUCUUCAAGCUGGAACAGGAGGAGUACAUGAAAGAGGAGAUCUCCUGGACGUUGAUCGACUUCUGCGACAACCAGCCGUGCAUUAAUCUCAUCGAGGCCAAGCUCGGCAUUCUGGACCUCCUGGACGAGGAGUGCAGAAUGCCCAAAGGUUCUGACGACACAUGGGCUCAGAAACUGUACAACACCCACCUGAAGCAGGAUGCUUAUUUUGAUAAACCCAGGUUAUCAAACGAGGCUUUCAUCAUUCACCAUUUUGCUGACAAGGUGGAGUACCAAUGUGUCGGAUUCCUGGAGAAAAAUAAGGACACUGUCAACGAGGAACAGAUUAAUGUGCUGAAAAAGAGCAAGUUUGAUUUACUGCUGAAACUGUUUGAGGAUGAAGAAAAACUAAAAGCGCCAACUAGCAAGACUUCCAGUAACACUGGAAGACCUGGGAAGUCUCAAAAGGAACAUAAGAAAACUGUCGGACUGCAGUUUCGACAGUCUCUAUACUUGCUUAUGGACACACUAAAUGCAACAUCGCCUCAUUAUGUGCGCUGCAUCAAACCAAAUGACCGUAAAGCUCCAUUCACUCUGGAACCAAUGAGAGCCGUGCAGCAGCUUCGAGCGUGUGGCGUCCUGGAAACGAUCCGCAUCUCUGCAGCAGGAUUCCCAUCUAGAUGGACCUAUCAGGAAUUUUUUGGUCGUUAUCGAGUCCUGAUGAAGCAAAAGGAUGUUCUGCCUGAUAGAAAACAAACCUGCAGAAACCUUCUGGAAAAACUUAUCAAGGACCAACAGAAGUACCAGUUUGGCAAAAACAAGAUCUUCUUCAGGGCCGGCCAGGUGGCUUACCUGGAGAAGCUGCGUUCGGACAAACUGCGUUCAGCUUGUGUGGCCAUCCAGAAGACGAUCCGCUGCUGGCUCGCCCGCAAAAAGUACCUGAGGAUGAGACAGUCCGCCAUCGUGAUUCAGAAACAUGUACGGGCUCAGCAAGCACGCAGUUAUGUCAAGUUUCUGCGGCAGACCAAAGCAGCUAUCGCUAUUCAGUGCAACGUGCGAAUGUGGUCUAAAAGGAGACAUUUCCUGCAGCAGCGCUCUGCUGCUGUCACUGUUCAGCGUGUUUGGAGGGGCUGUUUGGCUAGGAAGCAUUACUUCAAGUUGCUGUAUGAGCAGAAGGCCGUGGUGAUCCAGAGGAUGGUGAGAGGCUGGUUGGCCAGGCAGCGUUUCCGACGCGCCAUGGAGGCCGUCGUCCUGCUGCAGAGCUGCGUGCGCCGCAUGAGAGCCAAGAAGGAGUUGAAGAAGCUGAAAGUGGAGGCGCGUACAGUGGAGCACUUCAAGAACCUGAACAUUGGGAUGGAGAACAAAAUCAUGCAGCUGCAGCACAAGAUAAACGAGCAACACAGAGAAAACAGAGAGUUCACAGAGAGGCUCAGUGUUCUGGAGAAGACCCACACGACUGAGAGGGAGAAACAGUGCAGAGAGAUAGAAAACCUGCGCUCUUCAGAGCAGGAGGCCAGAGCCAAAGCAGAGACGGUUCCCUCGCUGCUGGAGCAGCUGUCCUUCCUUCAGGAGGAGCUGGAGAACACCCGCAGGGAGAAGGAUCACCAGGAGGAGCAGACAAAGAUCUACAAAGAGCAAACACAACAGAGAAUCCAUGAGCUGAAUAUGAAGAACAGUUUGUUAAACAGCAACUUGGAAGAACUAAACGAGGAAUUCUCCGAACAAGCUCAGCAUUUGGCAGAAAUUAAAACCAACUUGGAGAACACCAAACAGCUGGAGAAGGACUUGACAGAAGAGCGCUCUCGCUACCAAAGUCUCCUCAGCGAGCAUCUGCAGCUGGAGGAACGGCACAAGGACCUCAAGGAGGAGAUGAAUAUAACCUUAAUUUCAAACCAGUCCAGUCACCAGAGGACAGACUCCAACUACAGCAGUAUCUCAUCUGAGUUUUCUCAAAUCCUGAGCUCCUCUGAAGAUGAAGACAGUGCCAUUCAAGCAGAGGACGACGUCGAGACUAAAGUGGACCUGCCUAUUCUUCUAAAGCUUCAGAAAAGGGUGAAGGAGCUGGAGGGAGAAAAUCGAUCUUUAUGGAAAAAGCUGGGUAAAAAGGAGGAAGCCCAACAAGAAAAGGACAAAGAAGUGGAGAAGCAGACAACUUUUGGCAGGACAGAACUGGACGUAGAAAAAUUGAAGCGGCAAGAGCUGGAGUCGGAGAACAAGAAACUGAAGCAGAAUCUGAAUGAGCUGCGGAAGUCUCUGACCAGCGAGAAUAGCGAUUUGGCGCCCCCUGCUGCUGGCUCUCUGCCUUACAACAUUCUGCUGGAACAACUCAGUUCUUCCAACGAGGAGCUGGAGCUGCGUAAAGAGGAGGUGCUGCUCCUCCGUUCGCAUAUGGUUCGUCAGGAAGCUCUUAAACACAGGGAUUCUGUACUUGGAGAAAGUGUGAAACUGGAUCUCGGUGAAAUCCACUCAUUACAAGAUUCUGACAGGUCCACUGAUAUUCACACCCUGAAUGAAGAUGGAGAGCUGUGGCUUGCUUAUGAAGGCUUGAAAGAGACAAAUAGGCUUCUGGAGACCCAGAUGCAGGAGCAGGAGGGUCUUCAUAGUGAGAAGAACAGGAAGCUGACUGAGGAGAUGAACAAACUGAGGUCUGAAAAGGAGCAUCAACAAAAGCUGCUGGCUAUGAGCCUCCUUUUACCCGAAGAUGCCCGAAUAGAUGCAAGCCUGAAGCACGAGAUAACUCGGCUCACCACUGAGAAUCUGGAACGAAUGGAGCAACAACAGAAACAGGAUAAAACAAUACGCAAAUUGAAAAAGCAACUUAAGCUGUAUAUGAAAAAAGUGGAAGAUCUAGAAGCAAACGCUCUCCAGACGAUUAGCUCUUCUGAGGCGAGCAUGCCGGUCCGACCGGUGCAAAUCGCACGCAAGGAGAAGGAGUUCCAGGGCAUGUUGGAGUUCAAGGAGGACGACACGGGUCAUUUGCUCAAGAACCUGGUCGUAGAUCUGAAGCCUCGCGGCGUCGCAGUCAGCUUCACUCCAGGGCUUCCUGCCUUCAUCAUCUUCAUGUGCCUUCGAUAUGCAGACAAUGUGAACGACGACAGGAGACUCAGCACUCUCCUCAAUUCUACAAUCAGCAGCAUCAAAGGCGUCAUCAAGAGAAAAGGAAAUGAUUUUGAGGUGGUGUCGUUCUGGCUGGCCAACACGUGCCGGUUAAUGCACUGUCUGAAGCAGUACAGUGGAGAUGAGGUGUUUAUGGUGCACAACACUGCUAAGCAGAACGAACAAUGCCUGGCUAACUUUGAACUGACAGAGUACCAUCAGCUUUUUGGUGACCUGGCCAUUCAAAUCUACCGUCAGAUCAUCAAAAGCUUGGAGAACAUCCUGCUACCCCUGAUAAUACCAUGCAUGUUGGAGCAUGAGGCAGAGCAGGGAGUUUUAGGCUCCAAACCAACAGGCCUGAGGAAGAGGAGCCCCAGCUGCCCUGAUGAAGCUUUGACAGUGGAAGUCCUCCUGCAGCGUCUCAGCUUCUUCCACAGCACCAUGAGUCAACACGGGAUGGACUCUGACAUCAUCAAGCAGGUGGUCAAACAGCAGUUUUACAUCAUCAGCGCCGUGACUCUUAACAACCUGCUGCUGAGGAAAGACAUGUGCUCGUGGGGAAAAGGCCUACAGAUCAGGUACAACGUUUGGCAGCUGGAUGAGUGGCUGUCAGAGAGGGAGCUGAGCGGCUGUGGAGCAAAGGAAACUCUGGAGCCUCUCAUUCAGGCUGCACAGCUUUUACAAAUCAAGAAAAGCACUGAAGCUGAUGCCAAAGCAAUCUGUGGCAUGUGCUCCUCCCUCACCACAGCACAGAUUGUUAAAAUCCUGACCUUGUACACUCCAGUGAUUGAGUUUGAAGAAAGAGUAUCAAACACAUUCAUCACCACCAUUAAAAACCUUUUGAAAGACAGAGCUGAGUCGUCCAACUUGAUGAUGGACGCCAAGAAAAUAUUCUCUGUCACAUUCCCGUUCACGCCUUCCUCCGUGGCUCUGGAGACCAUCCAGAUCCCCGCAAGCCUCAACCUGGGCUUCCUUAUCCGUGUCUAGAGCUGACCUCUGACCUCUGAUCGCACCUUGUUUUUCUAAUCCUGUUUACAAGUAAAUAAAAUGAACCAAAGACUGUUUUCCAUCAAA